AUGGAGGCCUAUGAGCAGGUCCAGAAGGGGCCCCUGAAGCUGAAAAGCAUUGCAGACUUUGGCGUGACCAAGUGGAAGAAGAAGAAUAAGGACAAGGACAAGGUGAAGCUCCUGAAGGUGAUGGGGAUGAGCAAGAAGAAGGAGGAGGAAAAGUCUCACUGCCUGGACAAGUGGACGCCGGUGCAGGCGGCCUUCGAGAAGCAGAAGAGGUGGCAAAUGGAGCGGAUCCUGAAGAAAGCAUCCAAAACCCACAAGGACUUCAACAGGCACCUGGAUGCCCUCACCGAGCACUAUGACAUCCCCAAGGUCAGCUGGACCAAGGAGGCCUGGCAGGUUCUUCUGGAGACUCUGCCCACACUGCCCUGUGUCUGCUGCCACUGGGCCAGUACUUCCAGAAGCUGUCCCGUCGUCCUGGAGCCUGAUUAA